CUCUAUUCUUUGAUGCUUCUCGAGACCAAUCUACAAAUGGAAUACAUCGUUUCGUGGCUCCUUGGCCGAAGCGCUCUCAUCCAAUUGCAAGAAGUUGUGUAAAAGUGCUGCGUUUUCCCUGGACUCGACGGGGGAGCACUGAGCAAUAAAUACGGGCCAAGAUAUUCCUUCGAACCUCUAUCUUCCUCACUUCAUUACCCAUACUACUACUUAUCACAGCUUGCCAUAAACAAUCCAUCAAAGCACUUCGUCAGACUAACACAGCAUGACUACUUCCUCUGCCACAGAAUCCAAGCCGAAGGAGGAGCUCCUCAAGGAUGCCUAUGUGAAAUCAUUCACGAGCCUUUCGAAGACAAAUACGACGAUAAAUGGGAAGAGGAUACCUAUUGGGCAGCGGUCAAAAAUUUCAAGGCCAAAUCCAAGGAGAUUGGAUACGAGGAUCCCUUUGAGGUUCUCUCCAAGUUCAGGAUGACGUCCUUUGAGAAGAUCCGUGACAGAUUGAAGGCCGGUCCUCCAGCAUGCUUCAGGGACGGAUGGAAAAGCUCUCUGCUAGGCACCAAGGUUGACCCCGUUGCCGCAAUUGCUCCGCUAGAGCAUGUCAACGGCCCCAGGUACUCUGGCGACGAGCGAAUUGUGGUUCUCGACUUUUGGGCCACCUGGUGCGGUCCAUGUGUGCAUGCUGGUCCCGAACUGUCCGAGUUGGCCGAGAAGCAUGUUGGUCGUGUCGCGAUCAUCGGUGUGAACAACGAGAGCAUGUUCAGCAAAAAGGAGCACGACGUUGAGAAUAUCAGGGCUUUCCUCCAAGAGAACAAGGAAGGAUUCCGUUAUACUAUCUACGUCGACACCCCCGAAGGAUAUGCCAAAGACAGUAAGUCCCUGGAAUUUUGCUCAAACUACAGCACAUAUUUCUACUUGCCUCAUUGUGAAAGUAAGUAAAAGAGAGAGCGCUAACUUGGUUCCCCCCCAUAAAAAGCUGUUUACUUAAAGACCGAUUACAAGGCCAUUCCAUGCGUUAUUGUGCUGGUCGAUGGUGUUGUCACAUUUGUAGGGCCUCCCCAGGAGGGAUUCAAAGCUGCCUUGGAGGAGGCCUUGGCUCUUGUUCCUGCCAAAGAGGAAUAGAUGGUGGAGGCAAUAUUUUGUAUGCGUGGCGCGAAAGUGAAAACGCGUG